UUGUUACACGUCGCGUGGAAGACUGGAUCAUGGCCAGCGCAAAAUUUCGCGUAAUGUACGUUCUCCUCCUAUAUCUGCAAUUUAUUAUCAUUGAUAUUAGUGGUGAAAGGGUCAGAUACGAUGGAUAUGAAGUAUUGCGUCUCGACAUUCAUUCUGAACAGCACAUAGAAGCGUUGAAGACUGUCCAGGAUUCUGGGAAGUACGACUUUUGGCAUUAUCCUAACCAUGUAAUGACGUCACCAACACACAAACAAGAACUCGUGAGAUCUCUUGAACUUAAUGACAUAGAUUAUGAUAUCUGGAUCGAGGAUGUGCAACAAUUAAUCGAUAACUACUCACCCGAUACCAGGACUACCACGACUGCGCAAGAUGACUACGAUUAUUCCGUUUAUCAUACGUAUGCUGAGAUCGACCAAUGGGUGAAAGAUACAGCUGCUCGAUACCCAACACUAGCGAAAGAGUUCGUUAUUGGUAGCUCGUACGAAAACCGUGUAAUGAGAGCAUUGAAGGUUGGAAGUGAAUCAAGUGAAGUGAAGCCAGCAAUGUGGGUCCAUAGUGGUAUUCAUGCCAGGGAGUGGGUAACCCCAGCAACUAAUACAUGGAUGACAAAUCAGCUCCUUGUCGAUUAUUCAACAAACGAUCUUGUGAGAACGCUACUGGACACUUUUGAUUUUUACAUUCUACCAAUUACCAAUCCCGAUGGAUAUGAAUACACGUGGACAGAUGAUCGGAUGUGGCGUAAGACUCGGUCUGUGAACGACGAUUCGACGUGUAUCGGCGUAGACCCUAAUCGUAACUGGGCCUAUGAAUGGGGAGGCAGUGGGGCCAGCAAGUUUCCUUGUUUCGAUACAUACCGUGGUCCUUACCCACACUCUGAAGUCGAAGUCAGAAACGUGGCGGAUUUCAUUUUAGAGAGAGCAAAAACACAAGAGUUUGUCUUCUUCAUGGAUAUUCACUCGUAUUCGCAGAUGUGGUUGAAUCCCUGGGGCUACACGGAAGAAUACCCUGAGGACUACGAUGAUCAUAUGAAAGUUGGCGAGAUAUUCACUGAAGCAGUGGCGUCAGUCCAUGGACAACAAUAUACGUACGGCACCAUCCCAGAUUUACUCUAUGUAUCGUCAGGUUGCAGCGUUGACUGGGGGCAUGGCAUUAUGGGUAUCAAAUAUUCCCAUACCACAGAACUCAGGGACACUGGAGAAUAUGCAUUUCUACUUCCGGAAGACCAGAUUAUUCCGACAGCGCAGGAGACAUACGCAGGCUUUGUCGCGGCUUACGAACAUAUUAUGAACGAACGCGUAUCUUCGUAAAGCAUCAGAACAUAUGUAGCACCGUAUUCGUAUUUCAAGUAAUUUACGUGAAUUUCUGUAAAUUCGAUAAAAAUUAUUUCAAUAAUAAACUGCUUAUUUUAAUCGGCAUAACUAUGGCCGAUAAUGUGGUGUA